UGUCAGUCAGUCGAUCGCGUUCAUUAGCUCGCAACGCAGUGAAGUGUUUAAUAUAAAAAUAUUUAUAAUUCAAUAUUUCUGGCGCUUUGUUCUGUUUUUCAUUUGUUUAGUUUUCUACACAGCUGCUUUAAAAAAUUUUAAAUUUACGAAUUUAUAGCAUCGAAUGUAAAUUAAUUCGAAUUAAUUGAUUCACAAGUUGUAAAUUUUUCAAGCAAAAACUGACAAACAAAAUGAUUUUGAAAGUUCCUUCAAAUGAUUGGUCCGACCAAUUUGAAUAUGUAGUGGAGGAAGAUGAUUCGCUAUCAGAUUUAGAAGAUGAACAGGAUUUCUCUGAGUAUUUAUGGAUGGAGAAUGAAGAAGAGUUCGAUAAGAACGAGUUAAAACGUCUUGAAGAAGAGGAUAUUAUGAAAGAAUGCAUUGAGGCAAUGCUUGAGGACGAACUUGAAGCUGAAUUGGCUGAAUGGCAGAAAGCAAAAACCGAAGAGUUAAAUGCAGCAUUAUCGUCGCUCGCUGUGAGCGAAUGCAAUGUUGAACAUUCCAUUCUCAAUCCUCUGGCUGCUGAGUUCGUUCCGCAAAAGCACAUCAUUGGACUGGGUACUUCGUAAACCCCAACCCCAUCAUCUCUUACACCCUAAUUGGAAUGUAAUGCAACACACGAAUCAUUAAAACGGAACGCAUCAACAAUACCAUAUGAAAUUGUACGUAAUGACCCGAAUAACACAAACUCAAAACAAAACAAAACAAAAAAUUCAAAUAUUCUUAUUCAAGUAUAUUUCAAGAAAACAACAAAAAAAACAAA